AUGGCCUCUAGUCUAAAAGUCAUCUUCCUCUUUCUUUGGUUGCUUCAGUGUGGAGGAGGAAAUGUCGAUGUACAACAAAAACCUCCAAUCCAGGUUGCACUGCUGAAGGAAGGAAUAACUAUCCCCUGUGAAGUCACCUUCUCUUACAUGCCAAAAUACACCAAAUUUUCAAUCUUCUACUACUGGAUUAAUUCAUUGGGCCAGAAGACAUCCAUCUGUAAUAGGUCAGAAAAGGUACUCAUCCCUGCUGGAAAAGAGAAUCAGACUGUUACCCAAUCUUACAGUCACACAUUCAUGCCAUCUCAAAGCACCUCUUCCACUGGCACGUACUACUGCAAGGUCGAAUGGCAUGACACUCAGAAAACGGGAAAGGGAGUGUUUGUCCUUGCUAGAGGUACAGGGUACCCAGAGACCUCUUCUGGGUGGAAAAUCCUCGUUACCCUUACCACUCUUCUUGCUUUAUUGAGCAUCACUGCAACAGUUCUGCUUCUGUGGAAAAGAAAGGUAUUGUGCCCUAGAAUGAACCAGCUAAAUAUCCUGAGACAUAAGGUGGAAACGCAGCCCCCUCCAGCCAGCCCACCACCACCACCACCUCCUGUGUAUGACUGUCUGGAUUUGCACCAAGUUGAAGUCUACUCUAGCCUUGAGGACAACACAAAAAACCUGUCACCCAAGAAGAGUCCUCCAAGGAAGACACCUAAGAAGAAAGCAAGUCUAGAAGAAUCCUCUGAUACAUUGUAUGAGAAUAUCUAA